AACAAAUGGACUUUCCGUGAAUAAAUAUCCAUAAAUCAAUAGCAAUAGGCUAUUUUUAUACUGUAUCAAAGAAGCAUUUAGUAUAGUCUAUUGUUUCGCUCUAGUUUCCGCUUUUUUUUGUUUUUGUUUUUGUUUAACUCUGUUGUUGCUUGGAGACAGGGUAUAGGAGGAGCCAGGAAGUUUCAAAAUCGAAAAUGAAAGCAAAGGGGUAAUUGUGACGAGUUUCCGUUCCCGCAGGUCAUUUAGUGCUCUCCAGAGUUAGAUUCCUGAAUUUUUCAGAGCGAUCAUCGUUCAGUUCAGCUCAAGUGUCCGUCCAAACGAAAAGAUACAUUCUCAGGAGAAAAGCUUAUCGUCACAACAUUUGAAAACCGUCUCCGGAAUUCAUAGACGCCACUUUCCGAAUUAACAUAUACAUCACGUGUUCGAAAAGGGAAAGUCCCGGCUUCUAUGUUUAGAAAGUAAAAGUACAGUGUAUCAGUAGCCGGCAGCAUUUGAAGCUCGUUUUCCUGUCAGGAACUAAUCUUUAUCUCUUACUGUUAAGUUGAUCAUGUUGGCACUACAAUAAUUUGCUGCUGUCAUGAGUUCCAUCUUCCGGAUUUCUUUGCUGUGGGUGGCGUUAAUGUUGAUUCACAUGGAAACUGUGAACGCUUGUGCAAGUGUCGACAGGUUUAUUCUUUUUACCGACGCUGACAACAAAUCUACCAAAUUUGUUCCAUUGGACUCCAACUCAUUCGCCCCUAUAACUUUGUUCAAGCAUAUUGGAAUUCAGCACCCAAUUGCAGUGGACUAUGAUCCUGUCGAAGAUCGAGUGUACUGGUCAGACGUUGCUCUAGGUCGAAUCAUUAGCGCGUUUUGCGAUACCACUACAGUGAAGAUUUUGUUUACCUGCAAUGUUCAAUCACCAGACGGCUUAGCCAUUGACUACGUGGGAAGAAACAUUUAUUGGACAGAUGCAGGCACCAAUAGGAUUGAAGUAGGACGGCUUGACGGAACUGGAAGGAAACUGUUGAUCAAAGAUGAACUUGAUGAGCCCAGGGCCAUUGUACUCGAUGAGAGAAAUGGUAUGAUGUACUGGACAGACUGGGGCACUAAUCCGAAGAUCGAACAAGCUGAGAUGGAUGGUUCAGCGAGACGAACCAUUGUAACUGGAAACCUUGUCUGGCCAAAUGGACUCACUAUCGACCAACUCACAAAUCGCCUGUUUUGGGUCGAUGCUAAACUUGACAAAAUCGAGGUAUCAGACCUCAAUGGAAGAAACAGACAGUUAAUAAUGUCAUCUGCGGUUAAUAUCCAUCCUUAUGGACUGGCAGUGUAUCGGAACAUGUUAUACUGGACUGAUUGGAGUACCACGAGCAUUUCACGUUUUAACUUAAGCAGUGGAAACCAGGAGAUCAUAGUUAAUAGCCUUCAAAAACCGAUGGACAUUCACGUAUUUGAUCAAGCCUUAAUAUUUUCAGGUUCUCAUAAUUGUUCUCAAAACAAUGGACUCUGUAGCGAUUUCUGUCUGUUAAAGCCAGGAGGGUACCAGUGCGCAUGUCCAUCGGGCAUUGCCCUUCAAUCUGAUGGGAGAACAUGUGACCAUGGUAUGUUCUACAAGACAAGUUCAGAUAAAUUCUUACUCUUUGCUGAAGGAGACACUGGAGAAAUUUAUAAGGUUCCUCUGGAAGUGCCCGAGACCCCUUGCUAUCCUCUGGGAAUCAACAAGAACAUCUCAAGACCCGUGGCCGUUGAUUACGAUCCAGUCGAAGGAAAAAUAUAUUGGACAGAUGUGACCUUAAAAUUAGUGGCCAGAGCAUUUCCUAACGGGUCUUCAGUUGAAGUUAUUGCGCACAGUAAUGUUAUUACCCCGGAAGGACUGGCAGUGGAUUAUAUUGGACGUAAUAUCUACUGGACAGAUGAAGCAAAUAAUAGAAUUGAGGUAGCAAGAUUAGAUGGGUCAUCUAGAAGGAGCCUAAUCACAAGAGACAUUGAAAAACCAAGAGCCAUACUACUCAAUAUUAGAGAAAGUAAGAUGUAUUGGGGUGGCAGAGGAAUAUCGCGAAAAAUCGAACAAGCCAACAUGGACGGUUCGGCCAGGUCAACUCUUGUUAGUUCCAGACUUACGUGGGUGAACUCGCUCGCUAUGGAUUAUCAAAAUAGACUACUGUACUGGUGCGAUGGGUACCUUAAAAAGAUUGAGAGGGUGGACCUACAAGGAAAUAAUCGCGUGGUGAUACUGGAUCUAUCAUCGGAUUCUAUGCAUCCAUUUGGACUCGCACUAUUUGAUGACGUUGUUUACUGGUCUGAUUGGAAAAGUAAAAGUAUUCAUAAGUACAACGUGACAACUUCUGUAGAUGAAGUCGUUGUUCACGGAAUGGGACAACCAAUGGAAUUGCAUGUUCAUGAUCAAUCCAAAGACUUUGCAGGAUCUACCAGUUGUUCGCAGUUGAAUGGGGAUUGCAGCCAUCUUUGUCUUCCAAAUCCUUACGGUCAUCAGUGUUUUUGCCCAGAGGGAGUACAACUGAAGCCUGGUGAUGCUUUUACAUGCCAAGGAGUAAAUCGCUGUCCUCAAUUGACCGCCCCUGCCCAAGGAAGCAUAGCGCCGUGUUAUAAUUUACCAGGACACUCCUGUCACUUUUCCUGUGACAGCGGGCACAUCCUGACUGGGUCAGCAACUCGCAGAUGUGAUAGCAAUGGAGUAUGGACUGGAUCACGGCCUCAGUGUAAUGCUGUUACGUGUCCAGCUUUAUUAAUCCCACUCAAUGGCAUUCAUCAGGGUUGCACAAGAACAGCAACAGAGUACAAUACAGUCUGUCGGUUUUCCUGCACUGCUGGGUUUAACCCAGUUGGUUCACCGUUAAGAAGAUGUCUCGAAAACAGAACUUGGAGUGGCCAAGAUCUCCUUUGCCAAGCUGUCACCUGCAGGCCUUUGAACAUCCCUUCAAGAGCCCUUCUGCUGAAUGGUUACUGUGGUAAUACGUAUGGAUCAAACUGCGUAUUCGGAUGUCAAAGUGGAUUUGUUAAAGCCGACGGGAAUGUCACUAGGACUUGUUUAGAGACUGGGCAAUGGAGUGGAAAUCCCAUCCGCUGUAUAGAAACUUCCAGCACGGCAAAAGCAGUAAUUUUGGAGCAUACGUCUUCUCUCGCCAUUGCCGUGGGAUUGUCUUUUGCAGUGUCUACAUCGAUUUUGGUCGCCCUCCUUUGUACAUUGAAACGUCACUUUCUCAUAAGGACAUGGCGACGCUUUAUGGGAAGGGAAAAUGUGAGAGGAAUUAAUCCAGGAGAUGAAGAAAGAGAGGGCAAUCAAAACGACGUGCAGCAGGCCAAUGAUAGUUUUCAAAACCAAUAUAACCAAGGGGGGAGAUGUCGACGCUACACACGGGAGGAAAAUGUGGGAGUAGAAAAUCAAGGAUAUGUUGAUAGAGAUGGCAAUCCAAACAGUGUAGCAGGAACUGAGGAACUAGAGCUGGUUAAUCAUGACAUCGGCCGCGAAAAUAUCGCAGAUUACGGCCAAAUCGACGAAGUCUCUAGUGACACUGGUGCGUCUGCUGGAAGUUCAACCUCAGCAGCGACGUGUGAGGGAGGUGGCCUUGAUGGUCCUGUCACAGAGGAGCAUGUCCUUUGCAUUCAUGAACUUGUUGGAGUCAACUGGAAGAAGGUUCUGCGGAACCUGUACAUGGCUGAGGUGGUCAUUAGAAAUUUGGAAGAAGAUAACAAGCACAGUGAAGUUGCUGAAAAGUGCCACCAAGGGCUUCUAAAAUGGAAAGAAAAGUUUGGCCCUCAGGGAGCAACGAUAAAAAAAUUGUGUCGGGCUCUGCAGAAAGUGGGAUGCUCAGAAGCGCUGGAAGCUUUGCGGAGUAUGCCACAUCAGAGUGAAUCUUAAAGGAGCUCAGUCACCGUGCGGUAUUUUGAGUUUUUUUGGCCACAUACAAAAUUACCUUUUCC